AGUCCAGAGGCUAAUCGUCAGUCCGUCCCAGUACCCAGGCUGGUCUCAGGUGCCGUUGAAUGUCGCUAUCAGACGUAGCUAACCAGUUUGCUUGUUUUUGCUUUUUGUCCUGCAGUGUCAGACCCACGGAGUACCACGGAGUACACGUGACUCGUUUUAAUCCAACUCUGGUUAUGAUGUCGGACCUCCGGUAUCCACACUGGAAUCCUGCCUUAUCCCCCCAGGCCGCAAGACAUCGGUGGAGAAGUUGUUCACGUCCCAGGUGUAGCUACGCCCCUGGAAGGUGAAUGCCAACCAACAUUCACACUCAGGAUGGACGGGCAUGGAGAAAAAUGCAUUCGCCAAAUCAACUACUGGACAAAAUGGCAAGGUGAUCAUGCACGACCCCUUCGCCAUGCGGCCGUUCUUCGGUUACAACUUCGGCGACUACCUCGCUCACUGGCUGAGCAUGCAGACCCGGAAGGCCCCCACUCACCUGCCCAAGAUCUUCCACGUAAACUGGUUCAGGAAGAACCCGGCGAACGGCGGCUUCCUCUGGCCCGGGUUCGACGAGAACGCGCGCGCCCUGGAGUGGAUCUUCAAGCGCUGCGGCCGGGAGAGGGAGGAGGAGGCGGCCAAGAGGAGCAUCAUCGGCUGGCUGCCAGAGGAUGGCGCCAUCGACACUAAAGGUCUGGGCAGCGAUGUGGAUAUGGGGGCCUUGUUCGACGUGCCCAGGUCUUUCUGGCAGAAGGAGACGAAGGAGUUGAGAGCCUACUUCUCCCAGCAAGUUGGAGCCGAUCUACCUGCUCAGGUGGAGGCGGAGCUACACACGCACACACACACACACACACACAGCUUAGAUCCCUAAUCACACUUAUUGGUUUUACUCAUGUAAACAUGAACCCUGAGUCCCGAGGACCAGGUUGGGAUUUGGCUUAGAAACAUCUGACCCCUAAUUGGUUUUUACAAGAAGUUUGUGAAAUGAAAUGCAGGUUUUAGAGAGUUCUAGUACUCGCUGCUCAUCAAAGAUGGUUUGUGUCAGUAUUUUAAUUGUUUGAAUUUCAAUGAUCUGAUAAAUGGAAAGCACCAUUUAAAUAAAAUAAAAACAAUAGCCAGGCCGUUAACUUUGUGUGUGUAAAAUAAUCACAACCAGUGACUCAUCUUUCUCUUUUAUGAAGGGAAAUCUGUUAGGAAUAGAAAUGUCAGAGAUAAAAAGUCUACAUUGCAGCAACGUUGGACGUGACUUUCCACUAAUUGAUGCCGGUGGGAGGAGGGAGGUUUGUCCCAACAUGAAGGUCAGAUUUCUCAGACGUUGAACAUAAAGAAGCUAAUGUCACUAAAACACAAUCAACACAACCUUGUUGUGCCUUUGAGAUGUUAAACAACUCAACUUUUGGGCUGCUAAUGUUUUCAUGCUGAAACCCAAAGAUUAUCUUUUGAGAAAAGUCACACAGUUUUAACCUUUUUUUUAAAGUGUAUUUUAGCACCAGAUAUUUUAUUAUACAAUUGACUGAGUUUCAGGAAAGGCCCUUUCUAUUUCUCGUUAAGCUUUGCAUUCAAAUAAAUGAAUAAAAAGACCAUCAAGUGGGAAUUGUUGUGCAUAAUUCAUUCUGACACUUGUGUAAUGUUUGUGAUUUAAGCUGUAUGAUGUUUGCACACAAUAUUUGAAAUGAUGGACCAAAAAAUGCAACGGAGAUUAAGUCGUGUUUUUGUUUUUUAUUACGUUGCAAUUAAUACAUAUCUUGAAAUUCAGUAAAUUGUCUUUUGAAGAAGACGAAAUAGAACAAUAAAACAUUAAUCCAAAAGAUAACUAAAUGAGUUUUGAAGACACCUUUUAAAA